CGCUGCGACGCGUGACGGCCCCGGGGCCCCUUCCCCCUCUCCUCGGGGCCCGCCCUGACCCCAGCCCGGCCCCCGCUCGGCUCGGCUCGGCUCCGCUCCGCUCGCAGUGUGCCCGCCUCUGCCGGCCUGUGCGGACCUGCCGCCGGGCCAGGGCACACCCAGCAGGGUGUGAGCGCACGGGAGCCGAGUGCUGGCACGUAUGGGCCCGGGGAGAGCCCAGCCCCGAGCUCACCUGGCUCAGCUGCGGGAGCCCGACAUCCGCGGGGAGCAGGACACCUGACCUUUGCUCUGGGACACUGCUGCUAUGGCAGACCCCCCUGGCUGCUGCUCUUCCUGUGCCACCUGCCUGCUCUGCCCCUACAGCUGCCAGUGGAUCACGGCCAAGAAGGAGAAGAGGAAGGGCCUGAGAACGACCAAGUAUGACUGCAGUUGGUUCCUUUUCCUCUUCUGCGUCUUCCUCUUCACACUGGUGUGGCUCUACUUCGCUAUCAUCAUCCUCAAUGAUUUCCACAACUUCAACGAAUUCAUCUUCAGGGAGAGGAAGCUGUGGCUAGACUGGUCCCUGGUCCUGCUCAUAGCUACGGCUGUGCUGAUCAGCUACUCAUCUGUGCUGCUGGUCCUCGCUUUGUGCUUGCAGCUCUGCGGCCAGCCCUUGAAGCUACACUGGGUGCACAAGAUCCUGCUGAUCCUAACUGUCCUGGUGGUGGCUGCAGCCUUCACAGGGCUGGGAAUAAAGUGGGCGGAGGAAUGGAAGAGCGCAUGGAUCUCCCUGCAGGCAACAGGUCCCUUCCUGCACAUUGGAGCUGUGGGGGGAAUGACGCUCCUUGCCUGGCCCCUGGCCAGCUUUGUCUACCGCACCCGCAGUAAAGGUCUCAGGGUGUUUGUGCUGCUUGUGUUCUGUGCAAUGAUGAUUGCACUCUACCUGGCUCCCUUGGGAAUCACCUCCCCUUGCAUCAUGGAGGAGAACCAGCUGCCCCCCAAGCCAGCCCUAGUUGGGCAUCGAGGAGCACCUAUGCUGGCCCCCGAGAACACCCUCAUGUCACUGCACAAGGCGGUGGAAUGUGAUGUGCAAGUCUUUGAGACAGACGUCAUGGUGAGUGCUGACGGGGUCCCAUUCCUCAUGCAUGAUGAGGAACUCACCAGGACCACCAACGUGCAGGCUGUGUUCCCUGAGAGGGCUGCCCUGAACAGCACUGCCUUCAACUGGACAGACCUGCAGCAGCUGGAUGCUGGCAGCUGGUUUCUGGAGCGGAGGCCAUUUCCCACUGUGCAGAGUCUUUCUCCUGGUGAUCGCAAGGAGGCAGCUGAACAGAGGAUCCCAUCCCUGGAACAGGUUCUGGAGGCAGCCAAGCAGAGCAACAUCUCCAUCAUGUUUGACCUUCGGCCUGAGAACCACAGUGACUACCAGAACUUUGUCAAUGUCACCCUGGAAGUGAUUUUGAAGUCAGGCAUCCCACUGGAGCAGGUCCUCUGGCUUCCAGAUGGGUUCAGGGAAGAUGUCAAACAGCAGGCCCCAGGUGUCCAGCACGUCUACGGCCGGAAGAGACUCGAGAAUGAGGAGCCAGGACUGCACAUCAAUCUGCCCUACCAGGACAUGAGCUCUGAGGAGAUCAGGCAGUACCGCCAGGACAACAUCUCUGUCAACUUGUAUGUGGUGAACCAGCCCUGGCUCUUCUCCGUGCUCUGGUGCUCAGGGGUGAGCUCUGUCACCACCAACGCCUGCCAGGUGCUGAAGGAGAUGAAACACCCCAUCUGGCUGCUUCCCAGCAGCACAUACUUCAUGAUCUGGGUCGUUGUAGACUGUGUUUCCGUCAUCAUCAUCAUCUGGGCCUUUGUCUUGAUGAAGAAAUGUUCCCGCAGAGGACGGCCGGCGGGUGAGUGCGCACAGAGCGGGAGCUGCCCUCCCUCGGAGCCAGCCUCUGCCUGUGGGACUCUCCCUGACAGAGUCUGAGACGGAUGUGCUGCUCACAAAGAUCAACAGCUUGAUGCAGGAGUGACCCCUCUGGCCUGGCAGCCGUGGGGAGGGGCAGCCAGAGCCCUGCACAGCGGGGAGCACUCCUCGGGCCAGCUUCGAGGCUCCUUCCCUUCUCACACUCCUUCCUGAGCCUCCCUUCUGCCGUGGCCUUCCUGGCUCCUUUCGUGGUGCUCAGCUGCCCUCCGCUGAAAAGACUUGGAACUGAGUUAUUUGCCUCUGGCAGCGAGGAACUGAAGCUUUGCAGGGGUGGCCUAGGGGCAGAAUAUUUAUCCAGCAGUGCUGGAGCUGAGACCCCUCCCUUGGAGUUUGGACAGGAGCGGGGAUUUGGGUCGCUGUUUGGUGCAGGGGAGGGGCUGUCUCUGCCUCUUGUCAGCAGCUCUACAGCCACUGAUGGGACACCGGGUGUGGGGGCUGCCCUGUCCCGUGGCUUGAGGAAUAGGAAAAGGGGGGUGUGGAGUGGCUUUUCACAAGACAAAGGGAAAGCCGAGCUCUUCACCCUCCCAUCCUGGACAGGAAUCCUGUCGCUACUGCUGCUGGCUUCAUGUUCACGGGACAGAGUCCUGGCACUCCAUGCAGCAGUCAGUGCCUGCUGCUCGGGAGAGAAAAGGGCAGGGCUGGGGGUGGUGGGUGCCAGGGGCUGCCAGGACCGCGCUCACUCUCCUGCU